CGUUAUUGCUUUUUGUAAGCUUAGCUAACAACAACCAAAGAAAGACUAACAACAUGGCAGGAGAUAAAUGCGACUUUGAGCAAACUUUUUCCUUCUGUCCUCUUCCCUCCAAGAAGUUCUCCUUCCUACAGGACCGAGAGACGUUAGAACUGUUUAUGAAAUGGUCCAUGCUGGGGAGGGUUUCAGCUCAGACUUACAGCUUUGACCAGUGCUUUUACCCUUACAGCAGUGACAAGUUUGCACUGAGUUUCCUCAGAGAUCCCAAUGUGGUAUCCAGUCUGAGAAAGACGGAGGCCGGAGCCUGGGUGCCUCUUGACAAACCCAUAGUGUCUGUUGCUGUGGAGCCUGUUCCGUGCACCAAGGUCUCGAUGGAGCUGUUUGACCCAAUCUACUCUUGUGGGAUCCUGAGGCCCUCUGGACAUUUAGUGAAAUGCCUUCAUGAUGUCUACCCUGACUAUGAUGAACUCAGACAGAUGUUGCAGGAGGAGGACUCUGAGCAAUACCGUGUGUUUGGGAGAGAGGAGCGAGCGGAGCUUCUGUUUCGCCUUUUCAAGCACCUUUGUGUUGGAGGAGAGCUCUGUCAGUACGAAGACACCAUCGAGCCCUACAUCAGCACCACAAAGAAAAUCUACAGAGACCUGAUCAGUGUUCAGAAGGAUCCAGAGACUAAGAAGAUCAGUGUUGUCUCCACAGUCUUCAAAGUCUGCGCCUAUGAUGAAUCUGGGCGAUGUUACCCCGGAAGACGAGAGGAGGAUCAGACGUUUGCCUAUUUAAUUGUCGACCCCUUCAAGCGUCAUGUGACUUUGUUCUACCACAGCUACGGUGUAGGAACCUUCACUUUGUGACAGCAAAACACUGGAAGCUGCCCUGUAAAGCUUUAUUCACUCUGGAUCUCUGUAUGCAGAAACAUGUGAGCUAAGAAUGGAAGCUCAACCUGGAUAUCUGUUAAAUUAUUUGUUUCAGUAACAAAGGAGAAGGAUUCAUUAUUUUGUUCAAUUAAACGUUGUCAAUAAAUCAUUUUUAAACAGC